GACCCCUGAGGGUUGUCAGCCAGCUCCGACUCAGAGGGGGUGGUGAGGGGGAAGAGGAAGAAGAGGAAGUUCCUGAGCACGACUCUCCUGCGGAGAACGAGACUGAGGAAGUACCUGAGGAACAACUAGCUGAGAAGCCUGCCGAAGCUGAGACUCCUACUCCUAAGAGACAGCUGCAGUUCGGCAUGGCCCGGUUCUUCGGCUCACCUGAGGCGAAAUCCGAAGCUAAGCCUGUUUCUGAGACGAGCCUCACACCUCAGGCAAGGCCCACUUUCAGAAAGAGACAGCUCAGGGACCAGCUCAUCAUUGAUCAGCUGGCUGAGGAAGUAGCUGAGCUGAAAGCCAAGAUGCCUCAGGCCAACCCCUUAGAAGUCUUCAGGGACAAGCAGAAGAUGGUGCAGACCAUGAGGAGAAACCUCCCUCGCAGGCCCAGAGCUCCUAAGAAGGAGCUCACAGCCAGUAAGAAGCUCCUCAUCAUCAAACGCCUUAAGGAGGCAAGGUCAGAGUACGACCCUCAGACCUUCUGGAAGGUCAUGAAAACGGAGACCGGCUUGAGGAAAGAGCAGCUCAGUGACCUCCUCAAAAGAGAAGAGGAGAUUGAGAAACUCAGCAAGCUGCCUGUCGGCCCCACUAAGAAAGGCAAUAAGAGGAGGAAGAGGGCCCCAGGUGCGGGCCGCCGUCCACCUUAUCCUGAGGUCCGUCAGAGACUCCAAGACUGGCUUGAGUUGCAGCGGGCCUGCGGUGUCACUGUGACUCAGGAACACCUGGGCACUCAGAGUGUCGUGUUCCUCAGGGAGUCAGCUGAGGAGCUCCUGGCUCGUGCUGCCACAGACAAGAGCCUCAGUGUGCUUCAGGUGACCAAGCUUAAGGUGCAAGCUGAGAACAGAAAGCUCAGGGCCACCAACGUCACAGGGAACCAUGAGUACAUGAGGACCUGGACCAGGCGACUGCUUGGGUGGCUUGGUGCUAAGAACCUCAGCACAGGGAACCAUGAGUACAUGAGGACCUGGACCAGGCGACUGCUUGGGUGGCUUGGUGCUAAGAACCUCAGCACUGAGUUGGUGCAACCCCUGACCGAGACGGAGGCCUCAGUCAGGUGCAACCUCACCUGGCAGGAGUUCGACCACAAACUGUGGUUGUCCUCGUGUUCCUCAGUGAGCAGACUCAGCGACUCCGCACUGGUCGCCGAUCCUAAGGCCUUUUGCGACAACAGGGCCAACCUGGUUAUCGGCUUUAGCGACCAGGUGCCACUCUGGGCUAAGGAUCCUGGUCGUAGGGCGGUCUUCAGCCGGUCUGAGAUCCAUUCUAAGGAGCACAAGCAGGAUUUUUCUGAGGUGAGACAGGCGAUCGCUGAGGUCACCAAGACUCAGCAAGCAGCAGACCUCUUAGUCGGCCCCAUCAGGAAGACAGGCAAACAGCCUGAGAAAGGCCAUGCAAAUGAGGAGAGGUUCAGAAUCACCUACGAGGCCCGACAGCUCCUCAGAAACGUCUACGGGGAUCCUGAGACGCCUGUCCUGGGUGUGGUGGGGAAGGGCCUCUUAGUCGUGCCCGGGCAGUGGGCACGCCUGAGCAACAUUUCCGCAGAUGGCAAAUUCAUUGAGGCCGAGCACUUCAAAGUUGGCUCUAAGACCAUCCUGAGAGGACAAGGUACCUCAGCCGGGAGAAUCCUUGAGUCCUAUCGCAAGGUCAGGCAGAGUCACCCUGAGCUGGUGGAGCACCUUGAGAUCAUGUCUCAGCCUGCCGCGAAUGUGGACUCAGUGAUCUUAGGCUGGGUGCUUGAGGCUCAGGCCAGAGAGCAUGCCUGCUCCCUCUGGCAGAGGGACUGCUUCAGUGCAGUUUUCUCAGACUCCUCCGUUCAGAAGAUGGCCUUAGCACAGCAAAUCGGCUGCUGUGUUGCCGCUAAGUGCACCUCCUUCCUUCAGAUCACGGACUCAGACUUCUCUAAGCAGUUCAAGGCCUUUGUCCGCAAGGAGCUGAAGGACCUGAGGACGGAGUUUCAGAAGCAGACCAAAGGCAACUCAGUCUUUAAGGUGGGUGCCUUAGAGAUCAUCAAAGCCGUCGUUGCUGCUCAGGCGCAGAUGAGCACUAAGAAUGAGAAUGAUCAGUGGGUCCUCAGAGCAGCCGUGAGGAAUGGGAUUCUGGCCUACAGACCGAAUCCUCAGACUGGCAAGCUUGAGCAGCUCCUUAGCCAGAAGUGGGCUAAGGAAAUGAACCUCGGCAUGGGCACUAAGAGGUGGCUUAAGCAGGAUGGCGAGCCCUUAGAGGCAAACUGGCAACUCAGCGACACAGCCUCAGAGCUCAAGGAUCUCAUCAGGUGGGACUACUACAACCAAGCUGAGGAUGGCCAGAACGACUUAGAGGAUGGCCCUGAGAUCGAAGAUGAGUUUGAGGAUGACCUCGCCCUUGAGGCCGCCAACAGCCUCUCCCUCAGAGUCGCACCUCAGCUCCUCGAGGCUCACCGGAGGGCAACUGCUCAGGAUGAGCAGUACCGCCAGAGGAGGAAGAGGCAAAGGAUCAAGUCUCAGAAGAAGGCUGAGGAGAAAGACCUGAAGGCGGCCCUUGCUAAGCAGUACGUCCAGAAGAUGUCUGAGAAGCUUAAGGACCAUUCCCUUGAGGACCUCCUGAAGUCAGUUGUCCCUCACGUGCAGAAGGACAAGGACAAGGAGGCUCAGCCUAAGAAGAAGCCCACCCUGGCUGGUAAGCUGAAAAAGGCCGCCAAAGCCACAGCCAAAAAGAAGCCUGAGAAGCCUGAGGAGAAGCCUGAGGAGGUGCCUGAGGCCGACCCUGAGACGGCGGUGGUUGAGGCGGAGAAGACUGAGAAGAAGAAGAAGAAGAAGAAUUCCAAGACCAAGCUCUCAGCUUCCGCCAAGCCAUCUAAGAAGAAGAGCGAGAAGCCCUCUAAGAAGAAGAAGGAAGCCAUCAAGAGCCUGGCUAAGGCGGAGGCUGAGAAGGAUGCCAAGAAGGUUCUGGCUGAGAAGGCGAAGAAAGCUGAGGAGGCGGAGAAAGCUGAGGAGGCGAAGAAAGCUGAGCCUUUGUCAGCCCAGCCUAAGAAGAAGGCGAAGACUGAGAAGAAGCCUAAGGCGGACGGGGGCGACCUCUACCUGAACAAGGAAGUGGUUGUCCGUCAUGAGUCAGCAGGAGCCACGAACUUCGCUAAGGUGGGUCUCGUCACGAAGGCCUACCCUGAGGGCCGGUAUCAGGUCAUCUUUGACAAGGGCGGUCAGAUUCUCCCUCAGGAACAUUUUGCACUCGCGAGUCUCAGGCCAGACGUCUGCUUCGUGUGGCCUAGGCAGAAUACACUGAACAAGUCUCACCUCAAGGAGAUGCUGAUCAACAUCAGUGCCUAUCCUCAGAGAACCACUCAUGAUGAGGAGGAGGGGCACACCUUGGUCUCAGACUCAGAUUCCUUCUCAGUGGUGGACCCAGGGAUUCCUUACAUGCUUUGGAAGUUCCCUGAGGAUCUCGCUGCAAUCAGGGAAGAAGCCCUGAGAGAGCAGGCCAGACCUUUCCGCACUGUCUUAGUGCCGGUCUUUGCCUCAGGCCAUUGGACAAUCCUCAGGGCUGAGAAGGCUUCCCCUGAGCAGACGAAAGACUUGAGAUGGAGUGUUUUCGACUCCCUCAGCGAGCGAAGCGAGGAUCAGGCAAAGCAGCAGCUCAGGAUCGGCAAGAUCUUAGACGAGAACUUCAAGCUGCCUCAGUCCCGCAGCAACUUUUGCACUCAGGCAGAAGGCCUCAACCAAUGUGGCUUCUAUUGCCUCAGCUACAUUGAGCAGAGCCUCAGGUUGAAGCGAGGCGAGUGGCUGCUUCAGCAUCCCUCAGAGCUUCAGCAGAUCUGGAAGGAUCGGCUCAUCUACCUCACUAAGCGGUUGGCAGUUGAGAAAAACCUCCUUUUGCAGGCGAUUGCCUUAGAGAAGGCAAAGGCAGAUGCCCUUAAGGAGCGAACCAAAGCUGCUGCUGAGAAGAACAAGCUCUUUGCUCAGGCACACAAACACCUUGAGAACAAGAACACUAAGGCUGCUGAAGAGGCUUACAAGAAGGCCCUGAAGAUGUUCAGCUGGAGGGACCUCAGCAAGAAGUCCUACCAGUUCAUCCUCUCCCUCAGGAAUUCUCCUUGCAUCUGCAGCCGAUGUCGGUGGCAGACUGGCUGCCUCAGCUGCGAUCCCAACAAGGCCCUGAGGUACUGGGUCCUCAGAGAAGCCUGG